GAUUCCUAACAAAUGAAAUAGCUUCGAGGCUUCAACAUUGGCUUCUUGUAUCCCCAACAAAUAAGGGGCGAUCUCGAUGGUUUUUCUAGUGCUCAUAGUUUUUUACAGCUAAAGGACACGCGUCGGCCCUGCGGCUUCGUUAAUUGUUCCUCGUUUUAGCAACGUCGGUUUUGGCGUCCCACACAUCCUCGAAACAACAAUAAGGCCCAAGGCGAUUGUUUGAAAGAUAGAGGUUCGAAAAAGAAGGAUACAAUCCAGCUUGCCUGACGUUUGAGGGAAGAUCGAUAAUAUCAUGACAAGCAAGGAGAAACAGUGAAAAGAGACAAGAUCAUAUGGGCUUGCACAUCUAAAGAGCAAACAUGGCACAAAAUAAUAUCACAAUAAACCAAGGGAAUGUCAUCAUUGGCUCUGGACAAAUAUUGCAAGCAGAGCCCCAAUUUGAAGACAAGCAAAAGCAAGAUGAUUUUGCAGGCCUAUCAGAUGGACUAAAACAGCUCUACAUUAAACACUUCAGUAAAUGGACUGUGCCUGUGAUCAACAACAAAGGAUACAGCUGUGUGGAGAGAGAUUGUGAAAGCUUUAUGGUUAAUCUGCAUAUUGUUGAAGGUGAAGCUAAUGAAGAGUGCUGUCACUCUUUCAAUGAAAUACAUCGGUAUAUGGAUAGACCAUAUAGCAGAGCCAAUUUUGUUCCUGAAGAAGAGUUAACCAAACAAAAAAAUGGACGAGUUUUAGUCCAAGGUGUUGCUGGAGUUGGAAAGACAAGCUUUUUGGAACACAUAGCUCUUUCUUGGGCCAAACAGAAGCUUUUCCAAAAAUUUGACUUGCUCUUCUUGCUGAAGUGUCGAAGUCUAAUUAGGUAUCAAAACAUAACAAUCUCUUCAGAAUGUUUAUUUGAUGAGCUGUUUGGAGUGAGCAUAUCCUAUAUAAAACGAAAGGUAGAUGGUGAGAAAGUUCUGAUUAUUUUGGAUGGACUAGAUGAGUUGCCAUCUUUAGAAGAAAUUUUUAAAGAGGAGCCUAGUUGUAGUUUACAUUCAAUCAUAAGAGAUCUUAUUAAAAAGGAAAGCACAUUGCUGCCGGGACACACUUGCAUCUUCACUGGAAGACCUCAUGUGCAGUCAGUAUUACUUAAAAAUGAACUGGGCACAUUGGGAAAGCUUGGAAUUUUUGAAAUCACUGGAUUUUCUGAAGAAACAAUUGCAGCUUAUGUGGGAAAUUUUGCUGCUGGAGAUGAAGAAGUCAAAAACCGGAUAAUGACUACAGUUCAGGAGAGUGUGAGUUUGAGAGCAAUGGCUGCAGUACCACAGUUUCUAUCAAGUUUGUGUGGGAUUCUAGCUUCAAAGGAAACUGAUAAAAGCAUUCACAGAACUACUGAGCUAUAUGUAUGGGUACUCAUUUCAUUUAUCAGACAGCAUUUUGUGGAGAUGCAGGAAAUGCCCUACAGAAUUUUAUUGGACACACGCUUUAGAAACUUUAUUGGUGCUGUUUCCAGAAUUUCUUAUGAACUUUUAGCAUCUAACAAACGUGUCUUCACACAAGAGGAAUUUACUACCAUUGUUUCACUAGGUGAUCCUCUUGAGAAGAAGUUACUGGACUCAUUCUUAAUCAAAAUUGAAACAGCCACAGAAUGUUUGUACCAGUUUAAACAUGUUUCCUUACAAGAGUUUCUAGCAGGUGUGCACUGUUUUGAGGCCGGUGUUAACAUCAAGGAAUUACUGAGCAAGAAGAUGUAUAUAGUGGCUGGUUUUGUAGCUGGGCUUUCGAAUGCAAAUGAAAGAGCUAGGAACCACAAAAAUGACAUUGUUUCAAUGUUUGUGCACUCUAUACUCAAUGAGCAGCAUUCGGAUGAUUUCUUACUCAUAAAAGACAGACCCACAGUUCAGAAGAUAGCUGUUGAGAUUUUUGAAAAGGUGCAAGAGCGAAAAAUCACAUGGAAACCUUUUCUGGCGAUUUUUUAUGAACUUUUUAGAGAAGAUGAUUCAAUUCCAAAAACAGUAGAUCUAUUUAAAGUGAUGGAUUUUUCAUUUGACAAUUUAAGUACAAUUGAAUGUGUCCAUUUUGUUCACUGCAUGAAGACAAUAUUGAAAUCAUUUGGUACCAGUGCCCUCUCAGAAGUCACACUAAAGCUUAUGAACUCACACCUAUCAUUAAAGAAAACAAGCGAUCUUUCUCAAGUUGUAGAACAACUUUGUGGUGUUAAGUUUAUUGCUUGCACUGUUGAUACAGAAUUUGUAAAUUCUGUAUCACAAUCAAUACAGUCAACAAAAAACUCUACAAAUUUAUCAGUUCUUGUGUUUAGUAACUGCGAUUUAUCUGAAGAGCAUAUUUCCAUCUUGUCAUCCAGCAUAUUAUUUCUGAAACGUUUUGAGAUAUGGUACAACAACCUGACUGCUUGCAGCAUGUCUUCAAUCGCUAUUGGGCUUAUGAAUAACAGGGUGAAUGAAAACUUCAGAUUAAAAGAGUUGAGGCUUCAUGGAUGCAAGUUUGCAGGAAAUGUGACACCCUCUCUAUGCAAAAUCAUUCAGACAGUAGAAAAUUUAGAUCUGACUCGAUGCAAGUUGGAAGACGUUGUUUUUGAAGAUAUUGUAGAUUGCAUUUUGAGUUCAAGAUCAAGCCCAAGACCUUGUAGAUUGAAGGGACUUGUUUUAGAAAAAUGUGAUAUUAAUGAUUCCUUUAUGCAAAGGCUUUGUGAUGUUAUUCCGUAUUUGGAGCGAAUUAAUAUAUCUCGGUCUGCAUCAAAUUCUGAUUACUAUGAGUUUCAAGAAGAAACUGUUGAAAAGCUUGCAAACUGUAUUCAGACUGCAUAUGAUAACCAGGAACUUCUUUUGAAAAGGCUGACAAUGAACUUUUUCUCUCACAAUGAAAACACAAGACAACGUUUUAACAGCUUGAGAGGUCUGGACAUUGAAGUUUUUUUUGCCCUUUGGUGAUUAUAGCAGAUAAAAUUGUCAUAGGUAUAAAAUUUAAUGUGAAAUGAAGAAAACAACAUUCAAAACCAUAGAAUCAUCCUUCUUAUGUACUCUGCUUUUAACAAAGUAUUGGUAAUUGCUGUGAAAAUUCAAUUGCAUACAUACUUCUGUAGCACUAAUUUAUUGAAAAACAUACUUUAUGGGUGAUUUGUGUCCUAUUUCCCUACAAUAUUGCAAUACCAAUAUAAACAAUUAUAAAAUAUUGGGAUUUCUAAGAAAAGGAAGCUCUUUAUGUCUGUUUGUUCCAAGCUGAAAACACCAUAGACACCAAGCUGAAAUCUACCUAUAUCUGCAUUUCCACAGUACACUGGGAAAAAAUGAAACAGUGCAAUAGUUAGGUCGUAGGGAUAUUAGAUGUGUCUUAACAGUUAUGGAAUUAAAAAAUGGUUGAGUACUUUUAACACUGAAUCUGUGAAAAUGCUUCGUGUUUUUAUAUGUGUAUAGAGACAGCUGGGGCAAUAAGUUUGUUUAAGUUUGACAGCGUGAAGAUCAAGUUUAUUGGCGAAAAACUUCACACAGAUUCAAACAAUGGGCAUAAAGAGACAGUGUUCUGCCUUGCUACUGAUAGAUUUAAGCCUGAUUAAGACAAGCUUGCUAGUAAGGCGCUGGUAUCACCAUGAGAAAUAGAAAGACUAACGCUGAACUCUUUUGAAUACAUUUUUCAAGAUUUCCUUAAUAAAACUACUAAAAUGACAGCCUCUCAAAUCUAAGAAUCAUCUUCCCAGGGUGGUUUUUCUUAUAUGUAAAAUAGUAUAUAUGCAAAAUGACAUAAACUUUUCAAGAAUAUACAGUCAUGACAAUUACUCCAUCACUUGCACAGAUGUGGUGAAUUUUAAAUUCUCAUGAAAUUCUAGUCCAAAACACCGGAAAAUCGGAAGAAAUAAGCUUCAAUUAGGAAACCAACAGUAAAUGUCUAGUUAAGGAAAUAAGAUUUCGAACCAGAAUGAACCUGAUGAAAA